UUUUCAAUUUAUUUAUAAUGAAAAAUGGGAACUUGGGUUUUGGGUUCCAUCUCGUUUGUCCCACUGCAAAUUUGUUCAUUCCAUGUAUAACGACUGAUGAAGAAUUGGGGUUUUUCAGAUUCAGAUCGGAUCCUACUGCAUGGUUUCUAGGGUUUUUGCAACAGGGUUUUUAGUUUUGUGGUAUGGAAUGGUAGUUUUAGGGUGACUGUUCUUUGAAUGGGGAUUCAGACAAUGGGGUCUCAAGGUGGUGGUGGUGGGCAGCAGUUGUCUCGUCAAAGCUCGUUCUACAAUCUGACUCUAGAUGAGGUUCAGAACCAUUUUGGGGACUUGGGGAAACCACUGAGUAGCAUGAACUUGGAUGAGCUUCUCAAGAAUGUGUGGACUGCUGAGGCUAACCAGACCAUGGGAAUGGACACUGAGAAUGCUGCCUCUGCUGGACAACUUGCUUCGGCUUCGUCUCUGCAGCGUCAGGCGAGCCUGACAUUAAGUAGGGCUCUGAGCAAGAAGACUGUUGAUGAAGUUUGGAGAGAUAUCCAACAAGGGCAGACGAAGAAUAGUGAAGAGAAGAAAGCCCAGGAGAGCCAACCCACUUUGGGUGAGAUGACAUUGGAAGACUUCUUGGUGAAAGCAGGUGUUGUUGCUGAAGCUUCUACUGAAAAACCGAAUGCUGUGCCUGCCACAGGGGCUGAUUUGAUGGCAGUGUCCCCACAAAGUUUCCCACAACAGGCCCAAUGGUUGCAGUACCCACUCAGUUCAGUGCAGCAGCAACAACAGCAACAGCAGCAGCAACAGCCACAGCCUCAACAUCCACAGAAAAAUAUGAUGGGGAUUUAUAUGCCUACACGCCCAGUUCCGCAGCCUCUUACUGUGAGUGCAAGCCCUCUUUUGGAUGUGGGGUAUCCUGACAGCCAAAUGGCAAUAUCAUCCCCUUUGAUGGGCACAUUAUCAGAUACACAGACACCGGGGCGGAAACGGGUUGCCCCAGGAGAUGUCAUGGAGAAGACUGUUGAGAGAAGGCAGAAGAGAAUGAUCAAGAAUAGGGAGUCUGCUGCCAGAUCACGGGCUAGGAAGCAGGCAUACACUAAUGAACUGGAGAACAAAGUUUCACGUCUGGAAGAGGAGAACGAAAGGCUUAAGAAACAGAAAGAACUGGAGAAGAUGUUGCCAUCUGCACCACCUCCUGAACCAAAGUAUCAACUUCGAAGGACAAGCUCUUUCUGACUAUUGUGUGUUCAUAUGAAAGUUUUGAAGAGUUGUUAUGGGGUACAUUUCCUUGGAUUUUUCAUUAAAAGUGUUCGAUAACCCUUGUUUCUCAACCUCAAGACAUGUUGGGGCUAUCCUUGUUUGUGGCAAGGGCCUUGGAACUUUUCUUCUCAGAGGUGCUUGUUGGUUCUGCUGCUGCUGUUGUUGUUUCUCUUGGCUUUUCCCUACCUUGAGGUGUAGGGUGUAUGUACAUUAAUUAAUAACUUAAAAAAGAGUUUUACCUUUGUUGGUUGCAGUA